AUGAGACUCUUCUCUUUACUAUCCGCAGCAUUCCUGGUUGGAUUCUGCUAUUGUGUUCCUCCAAAUGACCGUAAAGAUAAAGGAGGAGUUGGUGAAACGAAGACAGUCAAACUUGAUGUUAAUGGUAUAGACACUAAUCUCUUCUCCAUUGAGGAAUCAUUUUCCGGAGGAGUACCUCUCAAGACAGUGACUCCAAAGGAUGGUGUCCUCAUAACUUCUGUUGUGGAUGGAGAGAAGGAAGUUUGGAAGGGUCUAGAUAAGGAGCAUGGUCAAAAGGUAAUGAUCUGCUAUGAUGGAGAAUCUCCUGCAUCAGUAAUUGUAAACUUUGUAAAGGCUGAUGGAAAGAGCACUUGGAGAUGUUAUAGCGUGCAGGAUGAUGGAUGGGAGGUAGUAAGGGAAGAAGAUCAUGAAAAGCUCUUGGAUAAGCUCAAGAAUAAGGCUCCAAAGAACGUCCCUUCUCUCCCUGGUACCAUUGAUAUAAAUAAUCCAGACAGAGAGCAGUGUGGCUGCUUCUAUCACUUCUUUUAUGCCAAUUCAAUAGAGCUUAUUGUUCCUAAGAACAUCAUGGUUACAAAGUUAAUGAGUGGAAAUGAGAGUGUUUGGACUCCUUCCUCUGGAGAAAAGUUCGAUCAUGUCAGAGCUAUAUCUUGA